AACUUAGCAUUUCAAUAAAAUACUUCUUCCACACUAAAUCGAAAUGAAGAAGCCAGCAGAGCUAGUGUUCGUCCCAGCCCCAGGCAUUGGCCACAUCAUAUCAACGGUUGAGAUCGCAAAGCAACUCGUCGCUCAAGAUGAUCAACUCUUCAUCACAAUCCUCAUCAUGAAGCUCCCCUUCGACAAACUCUUCACCAACACAGACUCUUCAAUCUCACACCGCAUCAACUUCAUCAACCUCCCCGAAACCCUAGUCGACAUACCACUCGUCUUCCCCUUUUUCGUCAACCCAUUCGUUGAGAGUCACAAAAUCCACGUCAAAGAAGCUGUCACGAAACUACUCACUGAUCAAUCAGCUCAGUCCGAGUCCAAAAACCCUAGGGCUCUUGCCGGGUUCGUCAUUGACAUGUUCUGCACCUCUAUGAUUGACGUGGCAAACGAGUUUGGAGUUCCUUCUUUCCUCUUCUACACAUCCAGCGCCGCCAUGCUAGGGCUCUGGUUGCAUCUCGCGUCGCUUCGCAACGAACACGACAAGGAUAUCUAUGAAUUGAUUAACUCGAGUACUGAGUUGGUCAUCCCGAGUUUUGUCAACCCUGUGCCCACUAAAGUGUUCCCUAGUGAGCUUUCGGACAAGGAAGGCGCCGCGAUCUUCCUCGACUUUGGAACUAGGUUUAGAGAAACCAAGGGUAUUUUGGUGAACACGUUCUCGGAGCUGGAAGCCCAUGCGAUUCACUCCCUGUCGGACGGUAAGACCCCUCCGGUGUACCCUGUGGGGCCCCUGUUGAAUCUGAAGAGUGAUGAUACUCGUGUGGCUCCGGAUAAGGCCAGAGAAAAGUCUGAUAUCCUGGAUUGGCUUGACGAUCAGCCCCCGUUGUCGGUGUUGUUCCUGUGCUUCGGGAGCAUGGGUAGCUUCUGUGAGGCCCAAGUGAAAGAGAUAGCCUGCGCGCUGGAGCACAGCGGGCUUCGGUUCUUGUGGUCCCUACGCAAGCCCCCGCCCAAGGGGACCUUGACCUUGCCAAGCGACUAUGCGGAUCCCAAGGCAGUCUUGCCCGAAGGGUUCCUUGAUCGGACAGCCACGACCGGGAAGGUCCUAGGAUGGGCUCCGCAAGUGGCGAUAUUAUCUCACCCGGCGGUCGGAGGUUUCGUGUCGCAUUGCGGGUGGAAUUCCGCUCUGGAGAGUAUAUGGCACGGCGUGCCGAUUGCGACGUGGCCAAUGUACGCAGAGCAACAAUCGAAUGCAUUUGAGCUGUUGGAGUUGGGAUUGGCAGUGGAGAUUAAGAUGGAUUAUAAGACGGAGAGUGAAGUAGUGGUGAGCGCAGAAGAAAUAGAGAGAGGGAUUAAGGAAGUGAUGGAACUUGAUGGUGAUACAAGGAAGAGAGUGAAAGAGACGAGUGAAAAAGGUAAAAAAGCCUUGGAGUUUGGUGGUUCCUCUUACACUUCAUUGGGUCGUUUUAUUGAUCAAAUUUAACUUUUUAUUCAGCACAGUUCAAUAUCAUUUUAUGAAUGGUUGCAGUAACUAUUUUUCAUAUGUUUCUUUCGUUGUAUCAAGUUUGGCAUUGUUUAUGGUAACAACGGGGAAAGAUGAAUAAAGUUUUCAAGUUUGGUUUAAUAUGUAAA